UUCAAACGAGUAGUGUAGUAGCGAGUAAAAAAUUCAAAAUGGUCGCCCUGUUUUGUUGAGUGCGCGAAGAAACUUUCUGCUCCUGUUCAGAACUAAUUAUUUACUAAUUGAAAUAAGUAAAAUUAAAAAAUUCAAGAGAAAAACAUUCUUCGAUUUCUGUGCUUUCAUUAAAAAGUGAAGUAUUCGCGCAAUUGCAACAAAACAGUGUGAAAAAUCGGUGAGAAACUGUCCACUCGAUAUCGUGCGCAAAGUGUAUGCAAAAAGAAAAGUGUUUCUACAUCUGCCUCUUAACAUUUUUCGGUUCACAGCGACGGAAAAGCAAACAAGCGAAAAAUUAUUGAACGUAUAUGCGUUGAGUGAGCAAAUAGCAACGGGCGGCGGACAAACAGCUUCAUAGCUAUUAUAAUAAGAGUGUAGCACUGGCGUUUAAAAAAAAAAUAUAUAUAUACAUGGAAGAAAUUCUCGGAAUCCAUGCGUUAAUUCAACACUGCCAUCGUUAGUGUUUAGGUACGAAGAGCAUAAAAAGACCAGCAAAGAAAUCGCGCUUAAACGAAGUACGGCUUUGUAUCGAGAACAAAGCAUCUAGAGAAAGACCACUUAACGAGGUAGCAGUGCAGCAGGAGGGAAGCGGUCAAGCAUAAGAAAGCUUUUGGCACGCCGCAUUCCUCCUCGCCAUUGGGCGGAGCAGUAAUCUGUUAGCAGCUAUGGAUGAUGAGUUUUAGCGACUAUGAUUAUUGCCUACAAUUUUCUUCUGGCAAGUGUGUGAACUACGUCAUUGUUAGCACAACUAAAUUUUCUGAAAGUACAAAUAACAAUAACUUAGUGAAUGUUCAUUUAUUUAAUUGUGCAAUUGCCAUAUAGUCAAUAAGCCAAGUAAACGCGUAUACCCCAAUCAUCAAUUGUGCUUCUACCUUCCCUCUCAUGUAAUACACCAACAUUCAUGGAUAUAACUAACGCGGCCGCAUAGACAGCUGGUAGCUAAUAUUUCAAUAAACGCAACAAUUGCACAAUUUGUCAAAAUUAAUGUUUGCAUAUUUUCAUCAUAGAGGGCAAUAAAAAGCUUAACACUGGACCGGAAGCGUGUCUUUAAAGGGUAAUGGCGGCCUCCACUCAGGGAGAAAUUCGAGUGGGUCCCGGCCACCAGGCAAAAUUGCCCGAUUAUAAUCCAAUUUCAAGCUUCCCUGUUGACAAAGAGAGCGACGAACGCGAACUAGAAGAAUCAAGAUGGAGUCCUGGCAUUGUGGCCGAUGGCGAUUUGUUAAUGUUUUUGCGUGCGGCGCGUUCUAUGGCUGCAUUUCAAGGAAUGUGUGAUGGAGGACUAGAAGACGGUUGUUUAGCUGCUAGUCGUGACGAUACAACAAUUAACGCUUUGGAUAUUUUACACGAUUCUGGUUACGAUCCAGGCAAAGCACUUCAGGCACUCGUUAAGUGUCCCGUUUCCAAGGGUAUCGACAAAAAGUGGACAGAGGACGAAACAAAAAAAUUCAUUAAGGGCUUACGACAAUUUGGAAAGAAUUUCUUUCGAAUACACAAAGAUUUACUACCGCACAAAGAGACACCUGAAUUGGUGGAAUUUUACUAUUUGUGGAAGAAGACACCGGGUGCCAAUAAUAAUCGACCGCAUCGUCGACGCCGGCAAAGUGCCUUGCGUCGCAAUCGUGUCACACGCGCUAGUAAUACACCUCCGAAGAAGGAGGAUACACCGGAACCACAAACGGCGACGACGGCGUCAGCGGCGGCAGAUUCGACGCGCUCGUCGCCCGUUGUCUCCAAGGAGGAGAACAGUUCUCUAACCGAGGACGAUAUCAGCGAGUGCGACAGCGAUUCCAGUCUGACAAACAAAAGGGAUGAAUCACCAUCUAGAAUGAGGACACGCAAUAAUCAGCAGCAGCAACAACAACAACAACAACAACAACAGAAUAACAAUAUAAAAGAGCAAACACAAACACAACAGGUAGCGAAUGGUAAACGACCCAAACGUGGUACUGAAACGCCAGAUACAGUGACGGCUGCAGAUAGUCCAAAGACACCAACUAAAGGAGCAAACGCAAACGCAAACGCAUCCGAAAACAAUACGACAACGACGGUGGCGGCUAAUAAGCGUAAAGGCGGUAAGCAGGAUACGCCGAACAAGAAGAAGCGUACCGAUGUGGACGGUAGCGCAGGUUCCGGCAGUGGUGGCGGUAGCGGCAGUGGCAGCGGCAGCGGCAGCGGCGAUGUCACCGACGAUGGCAGUCUUAGCAAAGACAGCGCCAAGCGCAAACGGCCCGAUAGUCCGGCUGAGGAGAGCAUGAACUCUGACAGUCGGCCUGAUUCGGUGUUGGAUGACGCUGAGUCGAAUACGACAGAUACUGUAGAACAGUCGCUGAAGGAGGGCAAGGAUAGCUCAGGCGGUAAAGAGGAUAGUGGUGCUGCAGAUGGCGAUUUGAAGGCCGAUAUAGUGGAGAAGUCUGAAAAGCCAGCUGAAGACACCAAAGAGACCAUCAAGAAUGAUGACGAAGAAACGAACAUCCAAGCGCCUGUCAGCGGACAGACGGCAAUAGCAGCAAUCGCAGACGACAGUACCGGCGUUGGCGCAAAAGAGCCUCCUGCGCCAAAUACAAAUGAUGAGGGCAUGAAUGUGGCCAGCGCUCCGCCAACACCAAUGAAGGUACCUACAAUAGCAACUGUAGAGGCGCUGAAUGCUUCCAUUGGCCGCGGCGAAUUGUCAACUGAACGUAAAGACAAAUCAGAGAAGAUGGAGGUGUCUGAAAAUAAUGCUGCCGCCGCCGUCGCCGCCGCUGCCGCCGCCGCUGCAGCCGCUGAUAUGGCAAAGGAGCAAGAGAUGAUGAAGAAGAUCGCCAAUAUGAAGCAGGAGUCGAUGCAGCAGCAAUUGCCACCGAACACUUCCAACGCAAACAUGCACGACACCGCUAUUUUCAUUAAAAAGGAGCCUUUGGAUGAUUCCAUGGAUGCCACAUGCAAUCAAAACAGCAAUGAGCCGCAGGAUCUGAAAGUUAAGAUAGAGAUCAAAAACGAAGAGAGCAAAAGUAGCACUGGCAUGCCGCCUACAUCAAUGGUUUCCUCUGCUAAUGACAUAUCUGGUGGUAACGAUGCGCCUCCACCGCCAACACAUAUGCAUAUGCAUCUGCCACCAGGUGGUCCACAACCACCACCCGGUUAUAUGUUGGAGGGACAGCUGAAGUAUGGCCCACCACCGCAGCCACAAUCGAUGUCUAGUAAUGACAACAACGCUCCGCCACCAACAGGCAUGCCAUUAGGUGGACCGCCACCAACGCACAAAUAUCCUGGUGAUAUGGAAUUGAAGUACAAUGAGUCCGCUGCCGCAGCUGCUGCGGCGGCUGCAGCGGCUGGCAUCAAAUAUGAGGGUGGCAAGUUUGGAAUGCAAGAUAUUAAGUAUCCCCCGCCGCCAUUGGAGCACGCCAUGAAGUACGGCACAGUACAAGAAAUGCAGGCAGCAGCAGCGGCGGCGGCGGCGGCUGCAGCGGCCGCGGGCAAAUACGACAUGAAAUUCGCCAUGGAGCAACAACAGGGCAAAUAUCCUGGUGACCUCUCGUUACAUCAGCAACCACCAAAAGGUUUUCCUGGUGACCCAACAAAGAUGCCUGACAUGAAGGGAUCAAUGGUCUAUCCCAUCCCAAACGCGGAGAGCAAAUACGCACCCCCACAAAACCAACCGGGAGACGCUGGUGGUAUGAAGUAUGGUGGCGGCACUCCACAAGAUCAGCAGCCGCCUACACAUGGUGCACCACCCGGUGCUACGCCGCCACCUGGCAUUGCAAUGCCGAAGGCCCAUUAUCAACAUGAAGUGCAGCACCCGAUGCCUCGUUCAGCUUUUGAGUCCAGCCUAAUGCUGAAGUAUGGCGAUCCGAUGGCAGCCAAGUAUGGUCCACCACAAGAUUUGAAGUAUCCCCCACCGCCGCAGGGCUCAAACGAUGUGGGACCGAUGAAACCCUCGCCAUACGCGGAAAAUCUCAUCAAAGGCUCUCCAUAUGGCGCACCCGGUGAACCCGGUGGCCUCAAAUAUCCGCCAUCGGAAAGUCCAAUCGACGCAUCCUCGCGGUCGACGCCUGGACAGGACAGCCAGGGCAGUAACAGUAGCUCACAACCUUCAUCACAGCAGCAACAAUUCCACUCACCGCACCCAUCUCCACACUUACCCUCACCUGCAGGAGGCGGUUUACCACCAGGCAUGCAUCCACAAAAUCUGGUAUCUCCACAUGGACCGCUGUCGCAUGGUCAAUUGAACGCUGGUCUGCCACCCGGUGCUGCUGGGCCUCCACCCAGCUCCUUACAUCAUCCUCAUAUGACGCCGCCUCCCAACAAUUCUCAGCAAAUGCAAGGCCCACAUCCACAGUCGUCAGUUGCUUCAUCAAUGCCGCAGACUUCGGUCGGUGCACCUCCUCCAUUGUCAACGGUGGCUCCCUCAGGUCUACAUCCCCAACACCUCCCGCCCAGCCAUAUGCAGCAGUUACAUCGCCAGCAUCCAGAUAUGCCCGUUGGCAUGCAUCCUCACGCACCGAUUCCGCUCAAUUUGCAAGGUCAUGAUCCGCGCGGUGGCCCACCGCCACCUACUCAUCAAUUGCCUCCGCAAUCGCAGCAGUCCAGCACGGUGCGUACGCCAUCGCCGGCGCAGCAACCGCAGCCGCGCAACUUGCAUGAGGAGCGAAUUGGCGUCAAUAGUGGUCCACCCUCUGGCCAGCCACGUGACCCGCCCACUUCGCAAGCAUCGAUGCUGCCACAACAAUCGCCGCAUGCCCACCGUAGCUCCCCUCUCACCAGUAUGCCGGGAAAUCCACCACCCGGCCUUAUUGGUCAUCCCAUGCCCAUACAUCCGCAUUUGGCGCACUUGCCACCCGGUCAUCCAGCGCAUGCUGCCGUGGCUGGAGUUGGUCACCCUGGGCAUCCAAUGUUGACGCAUUCUAUGGCUGGCUUGGGUCCAGGCGCUGGCCCAAUCGCACUUCUAGCCGGGCCACCCUCGUUGACGGGCAUGCCCGAGUCUGCGCUCAGUAGACGCACACCACCAUCGCAUAUUCCACCACCGCAUUCCUCGUCCGCGCCUCCACACUCAUCCGUUGCCGUCAGUAUGUCUUCAACCACGACAUCAGCCAGCAGCGCACUAAGCACGAACACUGUGCCAUCAUCUGCCUUUAGUCGCGCCAGCCCAAGCGUGCAAGGUCCCAAUUCAAACAUUGGAGGGCCAUCAAAUGUCAGUGGUAGCGGCGGGCCCGGCAGCGGCGGUACACCUGGUGCUCAAGGAGCACAUCGUUCAGGAUCGCCCGCCUCGAGUGUGGGUAGUUUGAGCCGGCAGAGUCCGCUACAUCCAGUACCGCAAAGCCCACUCAGCCAUCAUCCAUCAUCGUCGGCACUUUCGGCGGCCGCAGCAGCUGUGGCAGAGCGCGAUCGUCAUGCGCUCUUACGACAACAGUCCCCACACAUGACACCUCCACCUGUGUCCAGCGCUUCCACACUGAUGGCCAGCCCAUUGAGCAAGGUGUACUGUCCACAGCCGAAUCAGCGUGUACUAGGCACUUCACCGCCGCCACAUUUGCGGCCCGGUGCCUCACCACCUGUCAUCCGACAUCCACAGAUGCCCUUGCCAUUGCCAUUGAUUCCGCCAGGCGCUGGUAUACAACAAAUAGGCAUGCAUCCCGGUCAGUCGCCAUAUCCGCAUCCGCUUUUGCAUCCAUCGAUGUUCUACUCCCCGCACCACCACAACCCAUUCAAUUACGGUUACGGUCCGUAUGGACCUGGCUUCCCGACAGCCUAUAUGAAGCCACCACCACCCGGUGGUCCACUUGAUCCGGCAUCAGUCUUGGGCGCGCAUCACCCCGGCUUGCCAGGGCCGCCACCGACACGUCCUGACGAUCCAGGGUUGGCAGCUGCAGCAGCGGCGGCGGCCGAAAAACAAGCUGUGGUAGCACAUCAAAUCAAGCAGCAGCAACAACAGCAUCAGCAUCAACAACAACAGGCGGCAGCACAAGCGCAAGCGCAAGCACAAGCUCAGGCACAAGCCCAAGCCCAAGCCCAAGCCCAAGCGCAGGCGCAGGCGCAAGCGCAGGCACAAGCGCAAGCACAAGCACAAGCACAGGCACAAAAUAAGCCACCAACACCAAAGACGCCGCAGGGCAACAACAGCAGUGGCGGAGGCCCGCCGGGCAGUUCACAUUCGAACCCCACAGGGCUGCCGCCAGCUGGCUAUCCGGGAUCACAUUUGGCCGGUUAUCCGCCACCGCCGCACUCCUCGCCAUUCCAGGAUGGCCAACAAAUGGGACUUAAGCCAACAACGCACAUGGAUGCGCUGCGAGCACAUGCACAUUCAGCUAAUUUGGGUGGACCACAUCAUCCAACAGAGCCAUUACCAAUCGAUAUUGAGCCCGAUCCAGAGCCGGAAAUACCCAGCCCCACGCAAAAUAUACCGCGUGGUCCUAGCCCCGAGGCCAAACCAGACGAUACCGAAUGUCAUCGCUCGCAGUCAGCUAUAUUUGUGCGUCACAUCGAUCGCGGUGAUUAUAAUUCGUGUACGCGUACAGAUUUGAUUUUCAAACCAGUGACCGAUUCCAAAUUGGCGAGAAAGCGGGAAGAGCGUGACCGAAAACUGGCCGAAAAGGAACGUGAGCGACGUCAACAACAACAGCAACAGCAACAACAGCAGCAGCAACAAGCGGUAGCCGCACAACAGGCCGCGCAACAAGCCAAAUUGAAGGCCGAGCUGAAGCCCCCAUACGCGGACACGCCAGCGCUGCGUCAAUUAUCCGAGUAUGCAAGGCCGCAUGUAGCAUUCAGCCCUGUUGAACAGAUGGUACCAUAUCAUCACCCAAUGGGGCCAAUGUAUAGUAGAGAGAGGUACAGUUGCCUAAAAACAUUGUUAAUUUACUAA